UUUCCUAAAGUGAGGUGGCUGGCUUUGCUGGCUUGCUGAAGCCAAUGCUCAUCAUGACCUUGACAUCAUCCUGCUACAGACAACCGCGAGCAUGCAAUUCCUGCCUGAAGAGCUGCUGGCCCUCAUCUGCGAGCACUGCGACCAUUCCUCGCAAAAGGCGCUGCGUCUGGUCGACAAGCGAUGGAGCGCAGUGAGCACGCCCCUCGUCUUCGAACACUUCUACAUGGGCGUGUUCGAGGACGGCCUGGACAAGCUCGACAAUGUCUCCAGGUCUCACAGCAUUGCCACGCAUGUCAAGAGCUUUACCAUAUACGCCGACAUCAUCCCAAUGAUGGAGAAGCCGGAAUGGCUCGCAGCAAUCGACUUCCGGCCACGAUUCAGCUCUUGGUUUGCAAGCAGGGCUCGUUACCAAGAGCAGUUCGACUUUUCCUCACCCUUUCGGAACACUGGAGCAGGUGGUAUCGACUACAUGGCGGCAUAUGAUGCUCUUCCCAGACACAAUCUUGGGGAGGAUGAGCUGGAUCGUGCCUGGCAUGACUUCCUCGCGUAUCGCAGAGAACAGCGCGAAUGGAGACAAGACCAGCAAGGAAUGCGAUUGAAAGAAGCACUUACCUCACUACCGAAUCUAGUGGAAGCCAAUGUGAGCUGUACGACGCCAUUCUCAGGAGGAAGAACAAAUGAAUGGCCGGUAUUCAAUCGCCUUCAGCGGACCAUUCUUGUCGGCCCUGACGACUGGAGAUACUCUACUGAUCAUUUCGAUCCCGACUAUGCCGUAGCCUGUGGGCAUGCCGCACUUGCCUUGACCGAAGCUGUUGGCUACCGCCCUACCUUCUGCGGUCUUAAGCCCGUCACGAAGCUGCUGCUGCGUUCGUCACAUCUAGGUGCAUUCGAAGAUUUGACUCGGUUCCAAUCCGAGAAAUCCAAUCUCGUCGACAUACUUGGCGAGCGGCGGCAUACUACAGCACGCCUUCCUAUGACCAGCGCAAGACACCAGCUGAGAGUGGAUGCCUUCCGAAGUCUGGUCGUUCUGAAGUUGCACAUCCCACAUGCAACACUGUCGACUCGCUGCAGUGGGCUGGGCCUCCAAGCUGAGACAAUUGACUUCCUCAGAGCGGCAACAUCGUUGAAAGAUCUGGAUCUCAGGUAUACAGACGAUGAGCUGAGCCCUGAUGACGAGUUACCUCAGCUUGAGGACUUGUUCACACAGGAUUUGCUCUGGCCCAACAUUGAACGUCUCUCGCUUGCAACGAACGUAGGCGCUGAAGUCUUGCUUGGGUUUCUCGCCCGACACUCUAGCACGCUUCGCCAGCUGGAGUUGAGAGAUAUGCUCAUUACCGACGUGGAAGUGCUGCUGCGUGAGCUACCCACGACCGUGGCGCUCCGGCACGUAUAUGCAGAAUGCUUGUGGGACUAUUCUCCCGACGGAGAGUUCCUAUCGGUGCUCUCACGAGGCACGUCCUAUUCAGAUCCCUACGAGAGGCAGAUGGAGGCAUACUUGCUCGGCGAAUCUGUACAAAUGCCUUCCCUCGAAUGGGAUGGCGCAAGAGGCUCUGAGGUCAUUUUCAACGAUGACGAAAACGUUGGUAGUAUCUAGAGCUUUAGCGAAUGCAGGUGAUUCUUUGCUCAGAUGGCUUGAAAUCCGCCCAUAUCGGCAGUCGAGGGUGAUGUUGCCGGUAUCCUGGUGGCAUCUGAAAAAGCCGAGACCUCUACUUGGCCCCGCAGCU